UGUUGCAUUUGUUUUGAAAACAAAAUGGCGGUUUGGGGAGUGUAUCAAUAUUAAAUUCAUGAAAUCUCAAGGUAGAUUGACGUUUUACAAAGAUGUCAUCUUUGUUUCCCAGAAGUAGAACCUGAAGGUAACAAGGUGGGCUGAAGAUCGGUGAGAAAUGAGCUUAGGUACCGGUGCAUGGCUGAAAGCCUCUGGAUCGCGUGGGAUCAGAAAGCACCAGGGAGCCGUCAAUGUGGCAAAACGCCGACUAUCUACAAGAAACAGAUCUAAAGUGGAGAGACUUAGAGAGUACCUAAACGAUCUUCAUCUAGAAGAGAUAGAAACUGCAGCCACAGGUCGUAAAGCCUGUGGAAAGGUUCCAAGAUUGCAAGUCGAGUUGCGCGAUAUUCAAGUCCAAGAAGGAAGUAGCAGUGCUGGGAUCUUAGUUCGAAAUGAUGAUGAUCCGAUUGUAGGAGCUAAUCCGAUUAUUAAGAGAAAAGCUGGUGGAAAGCACAGGAAAAUUAGAUCAGCGAUAAAGACAGUGAACUUUGAUAGUUCUGUUCCAAGUGAAGAUAAAAAAUCACCAACCUCAGGGAUUUGUUUCCAAACCAACAAACACGCACAGAUUUCUAAGGGCUCGCUGGACGAAGUAUACCCUUCAGACAUUUCACAGUCUUCUAGCUGUACAGGAAAAGGAGACAAGUUUCUCUCAUCUUUAUCAUCAGGUCAUAUGCGCAGGCCAAAACGAAAAUCUGACAGAACAAUUAAGCAUGCGUUUGUUCCUUUAAUAGAUUUCAAUGGAACAAGAGAUCAGAAUGUGUGUGAUGACAGUAACAGAACUCUUGAUAUUAAUGACAAUGACAAUGAUAAUGUUGAUUCAGAUAUUUCUUGUGAUAAUGAUGAUGACAAUUUGAUGGACAGAGAUGAAUUUUCACUCUCCCCACCCAACAGUCCACUGUAUGACAUGCCCCCACCCUCUACCCCUGCUCAGAAAAAGGCAAGAAGAGAAAAGCGGAGCAUCCAGUUAGAAAGAUGGCGGAAAUAUGAGGCAUCAAAGUCUCGACAAGAAAGAUACCAGAGACGCAUGCAGGAAUCGGCCAAAACAGUUCAUCAAAAUGACUUAGCACAAGACUCAAAGCGGGUAAAGUGGAGUGUUAAUUUGGUGCAGACAGUCUACAUUGAUGAUAAAAAACAAUAAUACAAAAUAUCAGUAUUACUAGUAUUGCAUGUUCUGUUCAGGGUGCCAGGUACAAUACCUCCUGGGUGAUGGUCAAUAGUGAGGGCCCAGCUGUUAGGGUAAAAUUUGGACAAGUGACAUGGACUUGAGAAACAGGGACGUAAGACUAGAUGAAAAGUCAACAAAUGACAUAAAGAUGAGUCUUAUAC